AUGGGGUCCGACACCUCCCUCUACGAUUUACCCUCCCAAACCCGUUCAGUCGCUGCUGUCUCACGAUUCUUCAACUCGAUACAAGUUGCUACACAAAACUUAUCCCCCACCGCCGUCGCCAGCUAUCUCCACGGUUUAUACCGCAAUGACACCGUGAACUGGGGUCAAGUUGUGUUCUUGACUACCUGUGUUAUCGCAAUGACUGGAUGCGGGAUGUUGUCGUCGCUGGUGAGGCGCAAGGCGUCGCCCUCGGCUCGUGCACAGAGACCCGCUCGUAAAGGCAGCUCGGCCAGGUCUUCGUCUAAAACGCUCAGCUCCUCGGAGGAUGACUACGAAGACGAGGACUAUGAUAGCAAUGCAUCGUUGCGUCAUGGCACCAACCCCAACUACAAGCCUAAGGAAGAUUGGCUGUCUGAACCUCAGAAGCAAAGCUCGGAUGCUCACGCAACAGACCCCGGCAUCCUCAGAAAAUUCACUACAUACAACUCAUACACCACCUCGAAAGCUACCUAUCCCGCCAUUCGCACAUUCUAUAGCCCCCACCCGCAACUAGCUCGACUUCCUACCAAACCAACACCUCUGCCACUGAUCGUGGUUGUUCAUGGGCUCGGUGGAUCCCUUGCACAAUUCCACCACCUCCUGACCAGUCUGUCCAACGUUGGGUCGUGUUUUGGUAUUGAUUUACCAGGGUGUGGACUGUCCAAGUUUGCGCCCACGGACUGGGAUGCAUAUUCAGUGGAAGCUCUGUCAGAACUACUGGUCGAGGCAAUCGAACAGCACCGGGACUGGAAAUCCGGCCAGGAAGUCAUUCUGGUAGGACAUAGCCUAGGAGCUUCCUUGUGCGCCCUCUUGGCUUCAUCGACAUCCUCUAUUGGCGCAAAGCUGAAACAACACAUCAUCGGUCUCGUUGCAGUGUGUCCUCGAGCAUCGCCUCCAUCUGCGAAGGAAUGUUCCAAAUAUCGCAAACUACUUUCCGUCCCCGGAUUCAUUUUCGACCUCUGGCGUCAAUGGGACCGACGCGGUGGCGAGCAAAGCGCCAGUGUCAUGCGGAUGGUUGGCAGCGAUGCCGAUAUGGAGACUCGCGGUCUCCAGGUGCGCUUCAACAAACAAGCCCAAACUCCUGUUUGGCGACGCAUGGCGUGGGGCACACUCCCCACGUACGAUGAAAACGACCACCCGAUUGGCGGAAUGCCUGGAGAAAAGGUCUGGGCAGGGAUUCGCAUGCCGGUCCUCCUGGUCGGGGGAGAGGCGGACGCAGUUACAAAACCGGUUGAGGUGCAGAAGCUUUUGAAAUUCUUCGGCGAUGCUUCAGCCCAUACCGCGAUUGACACUAGCGACAGCAGUAGCAUCAUUCCCGAUGCUUCGCGCGUCCAUGAUCAGAUGUCAGCUCCGGCUAGUGACCUGGCCAAUGAGAAGGCGUAUGGACUUCAGGUGUCCGAGAAAGUGUUGGAGACUGGGCAACGGAAGCGGGUGGUCAAGUCAGCAAUCUUGCCGGCACCCGCGUCGCAUGCAUUGCUCUACGACCGCGCGACGUAUCGCACGCUUGCAGGGAUUGUGCAGGAUUUCUUCUCGUCGAACAUCGACAAGCGUCUUGGUCUGGGCUGGCAACUGCAGUAUAUGAAUACAUCCGGAAAGUGGGAUGUCAAGAACCUCGCCAAGUGGAAGAAGGUUGCGCCUGUUUCAGAACCGAUUGCCAACACCUUCGCUGCGAUGAAGAUGCUGCGCGAAGUCGACGAGGAACACAACCCAGUGACAUUCUCGGGAAAGUAUCAUGGUCGCAUCCAUGCUGUUAUCGACAUCAGUCACGAAAGCCCGGUCUACAACCCGGCUGAAAUGGAAAAGGGCGGGAUCCGCUACUGCAAGCACCCGACUGUAUCCAAGAUUCCUCCGACCCCAGAUGAGACGCGCGACUUCAUUGCUCUGGUCGGUAGCCUUCAAAAGGAGAUCGAUGAGAAUGUGGAGAAGCGUACCGGCGAGGAAAAGUCUUUGCCUCGUCCAUUGGUCGGAGUCCACUGUCACUAUGGCUACAACCGUACCGGUUUCUUGAUCACUUGCUAUUUGAUCGAGCGUCUUGGGUUCGGUGUGCAGGAUGCCAUAGACGAGUUCAACAGGUGCCGGCCACCUGGUAUCCGGCACGGUCAUUUUGUUGACACUUUAUUUGUACGGUAUUGCGUUGGGCUGAAAAGAGCGCCCACGCUGUAA